AUGGUCAGGGAACAAGCCGGAUUUGAGCCAUUUGAGGUCUUUGGUUGCAAUGCUAUGGUUUACAUACCGAAACAAAAACUUCGUAAAUGGGAUGCUAAAUCAGAGGAAAUGAUUUGUAUCGGGUGCUAUGAAGAGACUAAAGAGGACUUAGAGAAAGCUGGGACGACAUCCGUUGAAGAAAAUCAAUUUACUCCAGUAUCACUUGACUUCGAUUCUUCGGACUCUGUAGAUUCUGACUCAGAAGACGACGGUGAAAAUAGCGAAGAAGAUGAAGUGCGGUCUGAGUCCAAUUGUGACACAGCAUCGACGACAGAAGAUCCUCAAGAAGACACGUUAACACUAGAAGACUCUACGGCAGAAGAGGUUAUGGAAAGAGAUUCAAUUUCAAGCGAAACAACGUCAUCCAAUAUCGGUGGGGAUUUGAGAAGAUCACGACGGCAGCGAAAGCCUCCACGAAUGGAUGACUACGUACUAUACCUGGCACAAACAAGUGAAGCAGCUGAUCCUUCGACAGCAGAAGAAGCUUUGAGUGGUCACAACAGUCCUGAAAAUCCUGGAAAAGGCCAUGCAAGAAGAGUAUCAGUCGUUGAUCGAAAAUGA